AUGGAUCCCCGAUUACCAAAAGCAGUGCAACUCAACCUCGACUAUUCGUCGCCCGACUUUGUAGUCGACAACAACCUUAACUCUUCUGCGGACAUGUUCUCCCUGGGACUCAUGUCGGUCGCCCUAUACAACUCACCCCAUAGGUCUCCUCUUGAAUGCCACGGCAGUUUAUCUACGUACAAGCGACUGUUCUCUUCAUCUUCCAGCGUUCCAUCCGCCAGUAAUAAUUAUCUUUCAUCACGGCCUCUUCCUAGAGAACUUUCGCAUGAUGUUCUGCCUCGACUCAUCACAAGACGGCCUGCUCAGCGAAUGACGGCGCGCGAGUUUCAACAGAGCGAGUAUUUCGAUAACAUUCUUGUGUCGACGAUUCGAUUUCUUGAUUCGUUUCCUGCCAAGACUGCAAACGAAAAGGCCUCUUUCAUGCGAGGUCUUAACAAGGUGCUACCCUCGUUUCCCAAGUCUGUGAUGGAGAAGAAGAUUCUACCGGCAUUGAUAGAGGAGCUCAAGGAUCGAGAUCUUCUUUCGCUCAUUCUGCAAAACGUCUUCAAGAUCCUCGAUCUCUUACCGUCUGCCAAGAGGGCGUUCAGUGAGAAGGUCCGUCCAGCAUUGAGAGAAAUCUUUGUAGUCAACGCCAAGCAGACACAAGAGAAAGAUCCAGCCAGGGACGCGGGUCUUAUGGUUGUUCUUGAACAUAUCUCAUCCAUUUCCAGCAACUGCUCUGGGAAAGAAUUUAAAGACGAUAUGCUCCCGGUCAUAAUGGCAGCAAUUGAGUGCCCGACACACUCAAUUGUUGAUGCUGCUCUCCGCAGUCUGCCUGUCGUACUACCGGUGCUCGAUUUCAGCACAAUUAAAAAUGAGCUGUUCCCAGUCAUUGCCGCUGUUUUCAGCAAGACGAACAGUCUUGCUAUUAAAGUCCGCGGACUGCGAGCCUUUGUAAUUCUUUGCGGCGGAACAAACGAUAAUGGCGAAAACGACGGGCUCAAUGGCCUGGAAAACAAGAAGACGUCAUCUUCGAGUGCCUUGGACAAGUACACUAUGCAGGAGAAGAUUGUCCCACUCAUCAGAGUGAUCAAGACGAAGGAACCUGCCGUUAUGAUGGCAGCCCUCAACGUACUACGGGUCGUGGGCUCAGUAGCUGAUGCUGAAUUUGUUGCGAUGGAAAUUCUGCCCAUUCUCUGGAGCAUGAGUUUGGGCCCACUGCUCAAUUUGAAGCAGUUCCAAGGUUUCAUGGAGCUCAUCAAGAGUUUGUCUCGAAGGGUUGAGGACGAGCAGACAAGAAAACUUCAAGAACUUGGCGGCCCUUCCAACGGCGCUGCUGCUCCAAGCGAAGACUUCAUGGCAUUUGGCGGUGUCACUGGUACAACCUUUGAUCAGAGCAAUGGAGCUACAGAAGACGAUUUUGAGAAUCUCGUCAAAGGACGCAUGGGUAGUCCUAGGUCGAGCACAGCAACCCCCAGUUGGGAUGACCCAGCCAAAUCGAAAUCGAGUACCCCCGCACCUACAUUCUCAUGGUCGACACCUCCACCUACGAAUAACCCUGCAUUAAAACCUCCAGCUCAGAAGGCUCCGUCUUUCAGAACCGUAACACCGGAUCUAGGCCGUUUCGAGGCUCUCACACCGUCAUCUACUCAGUUCAGUCAACCACUACAGCCCACACCGAGCCAAUCCUUCCAACCUCCAACCCAACUUCAGCAACAACCGCUGGCUCCACAGCAGCCUUUGACUGCUUCGACAUCCGGUUCAUCUAUCAACUGGUCUGCUGCUGCCGCCAAAGCUACACCCAGCCCAUGGGGAAGCUCCUCUGGGUUCGGUACUAGUGCGUCUACCAGCAACAUGGGCUCCUCGAUGGCAAACAUGUCUCUCAACUCAACAUCGCGGCAACCGCCAUUUACGCUCCCACCGCCACCAGGCAACGCAUCUACUACUUCCUCUUCGUUCACAAUGCCCCCACCACCAACAACAAACUGGAGUGGUAUGAGUUCGAUGAGCAACACAACACAGAACACAACGCAGAACAACAUGGGACAAAAGUCGGGAUUGGAUAAAUAUGAGAGUCUGAUUUAG